ACACUUGCUAAAAAUAAAAUUUUCAAAAUGUUCAGUAUAAGGAAAAAUAUACUGAAUCUUACACUCAGACAAAAUGUGCGUAGUUCCCUUCAAAAGAGAUCAUUUUGGGAAUAUGUGAACAUGAUGUUUAAUAAACCAGAUGCUGACCGUAUAAAACUCUUAGGGCCUGAUCGUACUUGUGCUGAAUGGGUAUUACGAAAUGGUGGGAAAGUAGUUUGGGCAAACGGAAAUAGGCUAGCAGAUUACAAUUCCCUGCCUUCAGAAAAACAGUCUGUUCCUAAAUUGGCGGAAAUCGAUGGAACGGGUUCUUCGAUAUCACAUUAUGGGUUCCCCCAUCUAAGUGGAUGCACAGAAUUGUGGAAAAUAAUUCUCGACAACAACAAAUACAUUGAUGACAGAGCUUUAAAAGGAUUAAAUCACGGAAAGGAUACUUUAACCCAUGUCCAAGUUUCAGAAUGUGUUAAUGUCACAGACAUGGGUGUUAAAGAAUUGGGUUCUUUAAAUAAACUCCAAACACUAGUCCUCUUUAAAUUAUCAGGCGUAAAUAAUCUUGAAGAUUGCAAGAAACAUCUACAAUCAAAAUUACCAAACUGCAAACUAUUAGGUGAUGGAGAAAAAGUGGGAGUUUAAUAACAAAUAUAAUGUUCUUUGUAUAAUAACAAAAUAAAUAUUUAACCUCUAUUAAAGUUUUUGUAACAUA